GUGGUGAGAGCCGGCUGCGCGGGUUUUCAGGCACUAGUGGCAGAAGCCCCGCGCUCUUUCUGCCGUCCAGAUCGAGUUCCCCGUCGCCUAUUCGAACGCUCCAGCCCUCCCUCCGCGCCCCGCCUACCUGGGCGCCCCCCUGAUUUUCUCCGCACCGCCGGGGCCGCUCCUUCGGGGUGGGCCGAGAGGACGGCUCUGCGGGCCUCCGUGUGUCAAUCCGGCCUCGGGGCGCUGGCGCCGGGCGGCUGGGUCAGGGGCGCGGGGCGGAGACCCGGGCCCGGGGGCGUGCAGAGGCUGCGGAAGCGGGGGCGGCGGCCCCUCCGGGACCGGCUCCGCGGGGUGAGAGACACCCGGAAACGGAUUUAGGUUCGGUGCAAGCGUGAGCCGGUGUCUCGGAGCGAGCGGGCGGCUGCUGAGUAAUUCCUCGCGGCGGCGGCGGGAGACGGCGGGGCCUGGGCGCCCACAUCCUCCGACGCGCUGCUAGCCGGCCAGCUCCACCCUCUCCUCCCCGCUCCGCUCCGGGCAGGUGGAGCCGGGUCGAGGCGCGCGCGGGUGCAGAAGCCCCGGCCGCCCGCCGCAGCAGCUGCCGCCCGAGCCUCGCCGCAGCACCGCGCAGGCCCUCGCGCGCCCAUGGCGGGCUCCGAGCAGCGGCGGCCGCGGCCGCGGGACGACGGAGACGCGGACGCGGCGGCGGCGCCCCUGCAAGACGCGGAGCUGGCCCUGGCCGGCAUCAACAUGCUGCUCAAUAACGGCUUCAGGGAGUCGGACCAGCUUUUCAGACAAUACAGAAACCAUAGCCCAUUAAUGAGUUUUGGAGCCAGCUUUGUCAGUUUUUUGAAUGCCAUGAUGACAUUUGAGGAAGAAAAAAUGCAGUUGGCCUGUGAUGAUUUAAAAACCACCGAAAAGCUGUGUGAAAGUGAAGAGGCUGGGGUGAUUGAAACAAUCAAGAAUAAGAUUAAGAAGAAUGUUGAUGUCCGAAAGUCUGCCCCCUCUAUGGUCGAUCGGCUUCAGAGGCAGAUAAUCAUAGCCGACUGCCAGGUUUACCUGGCUGUGCUUUCCUUUGUAAAACAAGAAUUGUCAGCAUAUAUAAAAGGUGGGUGGAUCCUUAGGAAGGCCUGGAAGAUUUACAAUAAGUGCUAUCUGGACAUCAACGCCCUGCAGGAGCUGUAUCAGAAGAAGCUAACUGAAGAGCCCUUCACUUCUGAUGCUGCAAAUGAUAAUCAUGUUGUAGCUGAAGGGGUGUCUGAGGAGUCUCUAAACAGACUGAAAGGUGCUGUUAGCUUUGGAUAUGGCCUUUUUCACCUUUGCAUAUCCAUGGUGCCCCCAAACCUGCUCAAAAUCAUCAACCUGCUGGGUUUUCCUGGAGACCGCCGGCAGGGGCUUUCUUCACUGAUGUAUGCAAGCGAAAGUAAGGACAUGAAGGCCCCUUUAGCUACAUUAGCUCUCCUCUGGUAUCAUACUGUCGUCCGCCCGUUUUUCGCCUUGGAUGGCAGUGAUAACAAGGCAGGCCUGGAUGAAGCGAAGGAAAUUCUUCUCAAAAAGGAAGCUGCUUAUCCAAAUUCUUCCCUCUUUAUGUUUUUCAAGGGACGAAUACAACGAUUAGAGUGUCAAAUCAACAGUGCCUUGACUUCUUUCCACACUGCUUUGGAGCUUGCAAUAGAUCAGAGAGAAAUUCAGCAUGUCUGUCUGUACGAAAUUGGUUGGUGCAGCAUGAUAGAGCUGAAUUUCAAGGAUGCGUUUGAUUCCUUUGAGCGGCUAAAAAAUGAAUCUAGGUGGUCUCAGUGCUAUUACGCCUAUUUAACUGCAGUAUGCCAGGGAGCCACUGGUGAUGUGGAUGGGGCACAGAUUGUCUUUAAAGAAGUUCAGAAACUCUUCAAAAGGAAAAACAAUCAGAUUGAACAGUUCUCAGUGAAAAAGGCAGAGAGAUUUCGGAAACAAACACCUUCCAAAGUGCUCUGUGUGCUGGCCUCCAUUGAAGUCCUGUACUUGUGGAAAGCCCUUCCAAACUGCUCCUUUCCCAACCUGCAGAGGAUGAGUCAAGCUUGCCAUGAAGUGGAUGAUUCAUCUGUUGUUGGAUUAAAGUAUUUGCUUCUUGGUGCCAUACACAAAUGUCUAGGAAACUCAGAAGAUGCUGUUCAGUUCUUUCAUCGAGCUGUUAAAGAUGAAUUGUGUCGUCAGCAUAACUUGUACGUUCAGCCAUAUGCUUGCUAUGAACUUGGCUGUCUUCUCUUAGACAAACCAGAGACUGUAGCAAGGGGCAGAACUCUACUUCUACAAGCAAAGGAGGAUUUCUCUGGCUAUGAUUUUGAAAACAGACUGCACGUGCGCAUCCAUGCUGCUCUGGCGUCCUUGAGGGAACUGGUUCCUCAGUGACAGACCCAGAAGGCCCGCUCUGGCCUCCCCUCCCAGGUCCUGCACUUU